GGGCCCAGUGGCGGAAGGAGCAUGGCGUGGAGGCAGCUCAAAAAGCGGGCCCAGGAUGCCAUGGUGAUCCUGGGGGGCGGAGGACUUCUCUUCGCCUCCUACCUGACAGCCACGGGGGAUGAACGUUUCUACGCGGACCACUUGAUGCCGGCUCUGCAGGGGCUGCUGGACCCCGAGGCAGCCCACAGGCUGGCUGUUCACAUCACCUCCCUGGGGCUCCUUCCUCGUGCCACGUUUCAAGACUCUGACAUGCUGGAAGUGAGAGUCCUGGGCCAUAAAUUCCGAAAUCCAGUAGGAAUUGCUGCAGGAUUUGACAAGCACGGGGAAGCUGUGGAUGGACUUUACAAGAUGGGCUUUGGUUUUGUUGAGAUAGGCAGUGUUACCCCAAAACCUCAGGAAGGAAACCCCAGACCCAGGGUCUUUCGCCUCCCUGAGGACCAAGCCGUCAUUAACAGAUACGGAUUCAACAGUCAUGGACUCUCAGUGGUGGAACACAGGUUACGGGCCAGACAGCAGACGCAGGCCAGGCUCACAGAAGAUGGGCUGCCACUGGGAAUAAACCUGGGGAAGAAUAAGACCUCGGUGGACGCUGCCUCGGACUACGCAGAGGGGGUUCGAGUGCUGGGCCCCUUGGCUGACUACCUGGUAGUGAAUGUGUCCAGUCCCAACACGGCUGGGCUGAGGAGCCUUCAGGGAAAGGGCGAGCUGCGCCGCCUGCUGACCAAGGUGCUGCAGGAGAGGGAUGCCCUGAAGGUAGCGCACAAGCCAGCCGUGCUGGUGAAGAUCGCUCCUGACCUCGCGGCCCAGGACAAGGAGGAUAUUGCCAGUGUGGUGAGAGAGUUGGGCGUCGACGGACUGAUUGUCACGAACACCACAGUGAGUCGUCCUGCCGGCCUCCAGGGGGCCCUGCGCUCGGAAAUGGGAGGGCUGAGCGGGAAGCCCCUCCGGGAUUUAUCAACGCAAACCAUCAGGGAGAUGUAUGCACUCACCCAAGGCAGAGUUCCCAUCAUCGGGGUUGGCGGUGUCAGCAGCGGGCAGGAUGCGCUGGAGAAGAUCCGGGCGGGGGCCUCCCUGGUGCAGCUGUACACAGCCCUCACCUACCGGGGGCCGCCCCUGGUGGGCAGAGUCAAGCGGGAGCUGGAGGCCCUUUUGAAGGAGCAGGGUUUUACCAGAGUCACAGAUGCCAUUGGAGCAGAUCAUCGGAGGUGAGGCUGGGUCGGUGGGAAGCCUGAUCUGGAACCGUCCCGCUAAAUCAAGCGAGCCUUCGUGGCUGAUGGAGAGAGGAGACCGCAUCCCCAAACCACAGGGGCCCCUCCUCCGGCUGGACUGUAAAAGCCAAGCAUGAGGGUCACCAGAAGCAAUGCAAGGCUUUCUUCAAUCCCUUGUCGGACAGGAACUGCAUCCAUGAUUCUUUCUAGAUUCAAAUCCCAGGAUCCUUUAAUAUUACAAGGACAUUAGCCAUUUGGAGGGAAAAUCAUGGUAAAAUAAAGUCGUUUAAAAACUGGA